AUGUCAGGUCAACACGUCCUCCUGACGGGAGCCAAUGGCUUCGUCGCAUCCCACAUCCUCUCCAUUCUCAUCGACAGAAAAUACACUGUCACCGCCACAGUACGGUCCCAGGAAAAAGCAGAGGAUGUUAUCCGCGCGCACCCCGAAUGGAAAGGCAAGAUCAACUUCGCUCUCGUUGCGGACUUCACCUCCGCGAAACCCUUCGACCAUCUCUUCCAUAGCGCGAAGGUUCCCUUCAACUUUGUCAUCCACACGGCAUCGCCAGUGCACUUCCAGGUCUCUGAUAUCCGGAAGGACAUGAUCGAGCCGGCGGAGCAGGGAACCAAGGAGAUCUUUAGAUCCGCCCAACACUACGGGGGUGCCGAGUUGAAGCGCUUCGUCCUACUCGGCAGUGCCGUCUCUGUUCUCAACUCGUUCGAGGAUAUGACCAAGGAAGGAAGGCCGUAUACCGAGAAGGAUUGGAAUCAAGUAACCGCCGAGCAAGCCAUCGAGCGAAAUGACAACGUCCUUGGAUACAACGUGUCUAAGAUACGAGCCGAAGCAGCAGCAUGGGAGUUCAUGAAAGCGAACCGCCCAUCCUUCGACCUGGUCGUCAUCAACCCGGACAUCAUCAUCGGCCCCAUGAUCCACCCUGUCUCGGGGCCCAAGUCCAUCAAUGAGACGAACCAGUUCGCCAUUGCCAGCUUCAUUGACGGGACUCAUCCGACGAUUGAGGGGGUGACGUUCCCGUUUUAUCAUUUUGUGGACGUCCGCGACGUAGCCCGCAGCCACGUCGACGCACUGACAAACCCCGCCGCGGUAGGCCAGCGCAUCCUGCUCAUCGCGGGCCUCAUAUCGCCGCAACUGGUCGUCAACGCGAUUCGGGAACAUUUCCCCGCCCUCCGCGACCGAGUGCCCGAGGGGACGCCUUCGCAGAUCUUGCCGCCCGGCGUGCAUCCCACUGGGUGGGAUGCGCGAGUCAGUCUUGGCAUUCUAGCCAAGGGGACGGAUGAGGGCAAAUGGGAGUACAAAGAUUUGGAAACUAGUGUUGUUGAUGCUGUAACGUCAAUGAUUAAGCAUCGUGUUUUUUAA